AUGUGUGGCCUCAGACCGUGGGUGACUUGUCAUUUAAAAUACUGUGUGCUAAGAGUCCCGUGUUGCUCUGACCCCUCCUGCCUUGUCACACUGCAGAGCACCUAUUGCGCCACCAUGGUCCAACACUGUGAGGCCCUCAACCGCUCUGUCCAGGUGGUCAAUCUGGAUCCAGCAGCAGAGCAUUUCAACUAUCCUGUGAUGGCUGAUAUCCGGGAACUGAUUGAGGUGGAUGACGUGAUGGAGGAUGAUUCUCUGCGGUUUGGCCCCAAUGGAGGACUGGUAUUUUGCAUGGAGUACUUUGCCAAUAAUUUUGACUGGCUAGAAAACUGCCUUGGCCAUGUAGAGGAUGAUUACAUCCUUUUUGACUGUCCAGGUCAGAUUGAACUGUACACUCACCUGCCGGUCAUGAAACAGCUGGUGCAGCAGCUGGAACAGUGGGAGUUCCGCGUCUGUGGCGUUUUUCUGGUUGAUUCUCAGUUCAUGGUGGAGUCGUUCAAGUUUAUUUCUGGCAUCUUGGCAGCCCUGAGUGCGAUGAUAUCUCUAGAGAUCCCACAAGUGAACAUUAUGACAAAAAUGGAUCUGCUGAGCAAGAAAGCUAAAAAAGAAAUUGAGAAGUUUUUAGAUCCAGACAUGUAUUCUUUACUAGAUGAUUCUACAAGUGACUUCAGAAGCAAAAAAUUCAAAAAGUUGACUCAAGCCAUUUGUGGACUGGUUGACGACUACAGCAUGGUUCGGUUUUUACCUUAUGACCAGUCGGAUGAAGAAAGCAUGAACAUUGUGCUACAGCACAUUGAUUUCACCAUUCAGUAUGGGGAAGACUUGGAAUUCAAAGAACCUAAGGAACAUGAAGAUGAAUCAUCUUCCAUGUUUGAUGAGUACUUUCAAGAGCAUCAGAAUGAUUGAAGAGUGUAUUGAAAAGGAAUUGUGUCUGGGUAGAGACCUGUGACUGAGUCGUCAGAACACUCUUCUCUUUGACGUACACAAUACUCGGAAGCUGCUUAUUUUAUAAACAAAAAUCAUACUUGGCUAUUUAUUGGCAGCAUGCCUGAAUCAAGUGCUGAGUUUUUCUGAAACUGCUGCUGUGAUGGACUCGGAUUAUGUUAACAUCAAUUUAGAUGUUUCAAGUUGAAAUUGCAAUAAUUGUUCAUUAUUUUGUACAUAAUAUAAACGAGCACCUGUGAUCAGGUAAGACUGGUGUAACCUUAUUUUUGCUGUUUGAUUUCUGUUUUUUGAAAGGCCUGAGGGACAGGAGUAACCGUAACAACAUAUAUACGUGUCUCCAAAGACAAAAACCUGGAAGAAUUCAGAUAAGACCAUACUUUAUUUGUAUCUUCUAGCUUUCCUACAUUGAAAAGGUAUUAUUUGUAUUAUUAAAAAGUUAAAAGGAACUUUAUGUUGGAAGACCCCUUUGUGUGUGUAUAGAUGUAGAUACAGAGAAAAGCACUGGCCUUUCCUUACACUCUUGUCUUCCAGUGAGAAUUUGAAGUGCUCAGCAGGGAAAGUAUUUGAAUGAGUAAUUCUCUCAAGUGUCAAAAUGUAGGCACUGAUCUUAUUUUUUAAAGAUUUUUAUUUUUUUCUUUAUUUUAUGUAUACAAGAACUGGUAUCCCACCAGAG